CAGUCUGUUUUCUCCUCUUCAUCAUCCUCCUCUUCCUCCUCUUCAUCAUCCUCCUCUUCCUCCUCCCAGCUGUGCCGCUCUCAGCAGAAACAUCCCGCAGUAAAUCACGCAGAGCUGCGUGUCUGUGGGCGUUUCUUCUUCUGCUGCUGCUGAUUAAAGUGCAGCAGCACUCAGUCUUCGUCACACUCAGUCCGCCGGACUCACAGGACUCUGACCCGCCUCAGGACCCGGACUCAGACCCUCCUGCUGGACCCGUGUGACCUCAUCAUCAUGAGUCUGAGCACCAACGACCUCACAGAGCUCAUGGAGCUGUGGGAGGAGCUAAACCUGACCGCCGCCGACCACGACAAUCUGUCCCAUGUGGAGGCGCUGCUGUGUUCAGGUGCCAUCAGCCACGCCUCCUUCCUCCACAUCCUCUCCGUCUUCUACAUUUUCAUCUUCCUGGUGGGCCUUGCCGCCAACGCCCUGGUGGUGUGGGUCAACCUUCGCUCCAACCAGAACCGCUAUGAGACUCACCUGUACAUCCUGAACCUGGCUGUAGCUGACCUGUGCGCCGUGGCCACGCUGCCGGUGUGGGUGACGUCACUGCUGCAGGACGGGCGCUGGUCGUUUGGAGAGGCCGUCUGUAAACUCACUCACCUGGUCUUCAGUGUCAACCUCUUCAGCAGCAUCUUCUUCCUCACCUGCAUGAGUGUGGACCGCUACCUGUCUGUCACGCUGUUUGCAGGCGCCCCCGACAGCCGAAGGAAGAAGGUGGUGCGGCGGCUGAUCUGCGUCCUUGUUUGGCUGCUGGCGCUGGUGGCCUCCAUCCCUGACACCUACUUCCUGCAGGCGGUCAAGUCGUCUCACCAUGAUGGGGCCAUCUGUCGGCCAGUGUACCCGCCUGAAAACCCUCGGGAGUGGAUGGUAGGUGUUCAGCUGAGCUUCAUCGUGCUCGGCUUUGCCAUCCCUUUCCCCAUCAUUGCCAUCUUCUACCUACUCCUGGUGGCGGUGAUUCCCCCCAGCUCGGACCAGGAGCGCCGCAUCAGCCGCCGCAUCAUCCUCUCUUACAUUGUGGUCUUCCUGGUGUGCUGGCUACCAUUCCACGCUGUCCUCCUGCUGGACACGCUGUCACUGCUCAACAUCCUGCCAUUCAGCUGCCGGCUGGAGAACUUCCUGGACGUGGCGCUGCACCUGACACAGUGCUUCUCGCUGGUCCACUGCUGCAUCAACCCCAUCCUCUACAACUUCCUCAACAGGAACUACCGCUACGACCUCAUGAAGGCCUUCAUCUUCAAGUAUUCCACCAAGACGGGGCUUGCCAGGCUCAUAGACGGCUCACACGCCUCUGAGACGGAGUACUCUGCGGUUAUGAUGGACAAUAGCAACCCAAUGUGAACUCAUCAAGACCUAGAAAUUUGAAGACUCACUAACACUUUUCAGAACUUACUAAUGCUUCUUUUGUUUGCUCCUGAAGGCGGUGAUCCCUCGCAACAGCUUCCUUAACAGGAAGUACCGCCUGCCUCGAAUACGUCUCAGAUAAGAUAAGAUAAGAUGAGACUGAGUACACGGUGGAAGCUGACCGUGGUCCCAAUGUGACCUCGAUUAAGACUUAGGAACACUUCUUAGUUCUUGCAAAUGCUUCUUAAGACUUUCUAAACACUCCCUGUACCUGCUCCUGGCAGCUACGAUCCUCUCGAGCUUGGACCACGAGCCUCGAUGGUCCAACACCAUGAUGGUCUGUGGACAAGUCUCCUGAUAUGAAAGUCCACUUUCUAUGACUUUCUAUGACUCUGAAAUAAAAACUUUUCCAGAAUUUGGAGUAACACUUCCCUUGGGAAUGUUGCACUUAUUUACAACACUACAUUUGUCUAGUAAGAUUUUAUUAAUGACUUAAGAACACUAAGCACGACUCUGAAAAACUUCUCAAGACUUGGGAGUGCUUUGUAAAGACUUUUCAGGACUUGUGAAUACUUUGUGUGACCUGUAAAAACUUCUCAAGACUUAGGAAUACUUUGUAUGACUUGGAAGCACUUUUCAAGACUUGCAAAGAUUGCAAGAUUUAGGAACCCUGUAUCACUCGGAAGAACUUCUCAAGACUUAGGAAUACUUUGUAUGACUUGUUAAAACGUCUUAAGACUUACGAGUGCUUAGUGUGACUUGGAAAAACUUCUCAGGACUUAGGAAUAUUUUGUAUGACUUGACAAGACUUUUUAAAGACUUUUAGAGAGUUUACAAGACUCGUGAAUACUUGACUUGGACAAACUUUGCAAGACUCAGGAAUAAUUCGUAUGACUUGUAAAAACUUCUCAAGACUUGAGAAUACGACUUGUAAAAACUUCAUUAGACUCAGUAAUACUUUGUAUGACCUGUUAAAACCUUUCAAGACUUGGGAACUUUUGUCACCUGACCUGUCUCACCAUCAGAGGGGCCUCUGAGUCUCUGCAGGGAAACAGAGUUUAUACCUUCAACGUGUCCGCUUUAUAUUCUGUGAAUAUAUUUACUGUUUCCUGUUUAGUGAUGAAGAUGUUUCCUGUUUGGUGAUGAAGAUGUUUCCUGUUUAGUGAUGAAGAUGUUUCCUGUUUGGUGAUGAAGAUGUUUCCUGUGUAGUGAUGAAGAUGUUUCCUGUUUAGUGAUGAAGAUGUUUCCUGUUUGGUGAUGAAGAUGUUUCCUGUGUAGUGAUGAAGAUGUUUCCUGUUUAGUGAUGAAGAUGUUUCCUGUUGAUGUGUCCCAGUCAGGUUAAUAAAGUCCAGUGUCCUCAAACGAGACGAUGUCACGUGUUUAUAGACAAAAUAUGAUGAAGAGAAGAAGAAGUCAGGACAGACGGACGCUCUGCUGAUGAGACAACAUCUGAUCAUUUAUUACUAUUGAUUAUUGAUGAAGUUUGUGACAGGCAGGCAGACGGACAGACGGACGGACGGACGGACGGGCAGGCAGGCAGGCAGGCAGGCAGGCAGACAGACAGCUUCAGUGUGAGCAGUAAAGUCUGUCUCUGCGUCCUCACAGGUGGUCGUGGAUGAUUGACUGUUUACCUGUGUGAUGUCAUCAGCUGCAGGUGUGACAGGCUCAAUCACAGAGCUGUGCGGUCGCACAGAGGCGCCACUCUGACUCACAACCCUGACACCAAAGGAUGGGCGGGUUCACCUGCAGGCAGAGAGGGAGACACCACCAUCAUCAUCAUCAUCAUCAUCAUCAUCAUCAUCAUCAUCAUCAUCAGUGAGACUGAUCCUGGUUCAGCUCGGGCGAGGACACGUGUUGGGACAUGUUUACUUUUGACGACCCUCAUUCCUCAGCUGAGUCCAGACCGUCAAACACACCUCUGAGCAAAGAUUAAAGGGCACGCACACAGAGAGGAGGGGCC